UGCUUUAAAAAAAUAAAGCAUUGUUUGUUUAUGAGCGUUAAUUGCCACAUGGUAACCAGAAGUUCAAAGACAAAAAAACAAUAUUGAAUUUUUAAAAGCAACGAAUCCUAUGACUGUGCCAUUUAUCGAUGAUUUAAAAAAGUUAAACGAAAACAACGAGGAGUUAAAGAGAUAGCAAAGUAUCACCAAAAAUACAUAGUUGCAUAUAAUUAUCCGUAUGGUUUACCAAUAAUCAUGUCUGCAGCGCAUUCACGGGGUAAAUAAUGCUGGGAGAGCCAUUAAUAAAGAACAUGAAUACUUAAAUGUCAUUUUACAGACCAUAAUUGGUCUUUAUAAAACAAUAUUUACUUAAUGAGAUUAGUUUCGUAUUACUUGCUGUCUGUACCAUGUGAAUGUAGACGUGAAGUAGAGCGCUGAGAAAAAAAAUUAACAUGGCAAGUUCUAACGCUAAAAAUCCUGUAACUCUUCCUUCUAUUGAUGAUCUAAAAAAGUUAAACGAAAGACACAACUUGGGUUGUAAUGAAGAUGAGUUGAAGGAAUAUCAAAGUAUUAUGAAAAAUACAGUAGCUGCAUAUAAUUUCAUUGAUGAUCAAGAAAUACCUUCGUACGUAUCUAAAUAUGGAGGUAAUCGAGAGUAUUUGCGACCUGAAGGUGAUGAAAACAAAUACAAUGCUUGGUAUGUGAAGUGUAAUAUAGAGGGUGCUACAAGUGGAAAACUUGCUGGGAAAAAAGUAGCUAUAAAAGAUAACAUAGCUGUAGCUAACAUUCCUAUGAUGAAUGGUUCUAAAGUUGUGGAGGGCUAUAUACCUGAGUAUGAUGCUACUAUCGUGCAACGAAUUCUAAAAGCAGGUGGAACAAUCUGUGGAAAAACAACUUGUGAAGAUCUUUGUAUGAGUGGUGCAAGCUAUAUGACUACUUAUGGGCCGGUUCAUAACCCAUGUAAUGUUGAGUAUUCUGCCGGGGGAUCUAGUUCUGGAAGUGCGGUAGUGGUUGCAAUUGGAGAUUCGGAUAUGGCGAUUGGAGGAGAUCAAGGAGGUUCUGUACGCGUUCCAUGCAGUAAUUGUGGCAUUGUUGGGUUAAAACCUACGCACGGCUUAGUACCCUACACUGGAGCAGCUCCCUAUAUUCCUUGUUUGGAUCAUUUAGGUCCAAUGGCAACAACUGUUUCGGAAUGUGCAUUGCUACUUGAGGUGAUUGCAGGUUACGAUAAUGGGUUUGACUAUCGUCAACGACCAUUUGAAGUUCCUGAAUAUUCUAAAUUAAUCUUCCCACACGUAAAACCAUCAAGAAAGCUUAACAUUGGUAUCCUUCAAGAAGGAGUUGAUUUGUGUGAUGAAAAUGUGCAGAAGGUAUUUGAUAUUUCCCUGGGAUUGUUGAAAAAAUGUGAGCAUCUUAAAGUGGAGUAUACAAACCUCUCCAAGCAUUCUAUUGCGGAACACCUUUCUGCAGCAAUGUGUGGCAGUGGUACAUACUCCUGCAUGUUUGAUGGUUUUGGUUUUGGAACAGCUGUGUCCGGUAUGCAAUCUCACACAAUGGUGGAAAAGUUUCGAUUAGGACUCCAAGAACACAGUAAAGAAAUGCCUGAAGUAGGCAAGGUAUACAUGCUCCUUGGGUCUUAUCUUCAUGAAAAGUAUGGACCAUAUCAUUUUGCAAAGUCCUCGACGUUAACUGCUCACUUAAGCCUUGAGUACACUACACUUUUAAAAGAACACGAUGUCCUUGUCAUGCCUACGGCGACGAAAACAGCAUGUAAACUUCCCAAAGAAGAUGACUCAAUCACAUUAAAGAUCACAAAUGCUCUUAAUAUGAUGGCAAAUACAGAAAUAUUUAACAUAACAGGACAUCCAGCGUUGUCAUUGAAUUGUGGAUACGAUGGUGAUUUGCCGGUGGGGUUGAUGAUUGUUGGAAAACAUUUUGAUGAUGUGGGAGUACUUAAUGCAGCCAGUAUCUUCGAAGAUGUUUUUCAAAACCAUUUAUCCAAAUAGAUCGAAGUGCUUUGCUUAAAGUAAAAUGAGAAAUAAAAAUAAAGUACCGAAUCUUUGGUUGGUUAUGACAUUUUUGCGUGUUGUGGUUUUUGUCUACACCACUUUUGUCAAAAAUUGUAACUUGUGCUUGGCAUUUGUUGACAUAUAAAGUCAGUUUUCUUAUUGAAUAAGUUUUGUAAGAAUUGAUAAUUUGAAUGUUA